AUGCAGCCAUUUGCCAUCGCAGCGGAUGGGCAGCACACGCGCAUGGGCGCGCUGCAGGGCUCACCAGAGGUCGCUCUCGUGCACGACUGUGCCAUGUCGUCUCGCUUCCUCGUCUUCACCAUCCCUCCCUACGCCGCCUCUGCUGGGGAUGUUGCUCAGAUGCUAGCAGGGCAGCAGUCGCUGGGCUACAGGUUCACAUACGACGAGUCAAAGCCCACGCGGGUGGUGGUGGUGGGCAAGGCGAGCCUGGCAGUGGAGGUUCAGAUGGACGUGUGGCCGCCCUUCUCCAACUACCACUUCUGCAACGCCUAUGAGGAUGGAGACAAGCUGCACGUUCUUUUAACCGUUCUGGAUGGCCCACGAGACGGGUUGGAAGGGGUGUUCAAGGACAUGUACGGGCAGUCAUGGCAGCGCGGCAACCAGUGCUCUGUGUGGGAGCUUGUUUUUGACACCAACACCUGGGACCUCCUCUCCCGCCGCCGAGCCAUGCAUUCCGAACCUGGCACGCGAGGUCCGAAGUACGAUCUGAAGACGAAGCAGGUGACCACUCACGUCACGCCGCCUGGGUGCUACGUCAACGAGUGCAGCUUCAUUCCUGACAGUGGCUCGGAUAACGAGGAUGCCAGUAACGAGGACGACGGGUUUCUAGCUGCGUUUGUGUAUGACGCAGCACGGCACAGGUCGCAUGUGGUGGUGCUGGAUGCGAGGGAUGUGGCUUCACCCCCAAUAGCAGUGGUGCAUCUGCAAUCCCACGUACCGUACCAUUUCCAUGGCACCUGGGUUGGCAAGGCUACCAUGCUAUGA